GUCGACCUCGCUUCAUUAAAUUUACACAAAGGUGAACGACGGGACAACUUGACCGCGCGUGUCGUGUGGACAGUUAAAACAAACAGUUCACCUACAGUUUGCUUGAAAGCGAUGGAGGAUCAGGACAUACUUGAACACAGUCCGAGAAGAGGCGUUAACAGGUUUCAACUUGUGCCAGGCUUUGAAUCAGGCUUGAACCUUUGCCGUCCUCAAUUCUACAUGAUGGAUGAUGAACCAUUUUACAACGGUGCUUCUGGCCAGAGGAAAGAUAUACAUGCCUCCAGAGACGAUGUCAAAGGAAAAGAGGCUUCACCAUUGGAGGAACGUGACGGAACCAGAAGGCAGAGGGUUUUCAACCUGGAUAUAAAUGAGGAUGAACCUGACCCUGGCGACAUCCUGUUGGGAGAUGAGGACGAAGAGUCAAUUGAGGGAGCAGCCGUCCUCUCGAUCCCCAGUAUGUCCUGCCCUGAAAGCAUCAUCUUGGAAGAAGAGCUCCUCCUGGACGAGCACGUCAACAAUCAAGACAAGAGUGCAAGGCCUGAAGAGUGGCGAAGUGAGUGGCACAAGAAACACAUGGCAGCGAUAAGUAGUGAGAAGUUUGACAGCCUUCUGAAGAUGUUUCCUGAAUUCCAAGGCUGCAAGAGCCACAUGGCAGCAUUUGUCUUAGUAACAGAAGUGUUGGAUACAGCAAGUCGUGCAUGCAAUCACUACAAGGUGGUGGCACUGGGAGCCGGACGCUCAAGCUGCAGCAGGUGGCUUUGCUUCAAUGGGACGAUGGUCCACGACUGCCACGCCAUCAUCAUCGCGAGGCGGGCUCUGCUGAGGUUCCUGUACAAACAGGUGAUGCUGUUCUUUGAUGUCGAUCCAAAGGCCAAGGAGAAGUGCAUCUUUGAGAGCAGUGCAGACAGCCAUCAGCUUCAGCUCAAGCUCAACAUCAGCCUGCACCUCUACACCAAUCAGUGUCCUGAAGGAGCCGCUAAGAACUUCUAUUUCAAGUGCUCUGCAAACAACACUUGGACGGCAAUGAAGCUCCACUAUCACACCAAGGGCCUGCUGGUCCCCGUAGCCUACCUCGACCCGAGCCACUUUGGCGCCAAAGUCUGCUGCGUCUCUGGAAGUGACAAGCUGUGUCGCUGGAUCGUCACCGGUGUUCAGGGUGCGUUACUGAGCCACUUCAUCCAGCCACUCUACAUCACCAGCUUGGUGCUAGGGGACAAGAAGCUCUCCAAUGAGGAAGUGUCUGAUCUCACCAACAAGCGACUGGGCGAUGGAUGGGAGGACAUGCUCCUGCCGUCCUACAAGAAACAAGACAUCAUCUUCCACUGUGGCGACUACGUGGGUCCUGUCGCAUCCUCCUCGCAGAAUGAUGACCUCAGCAUCAACUGGUGUCUUGGUGACAAGGAUAUUGAAGUUCUGGACAGUAGCACAGGUUUCCUUGUUGACGGCUCUCCCUCUGUGAGUGGGCCUGGCUUCACAAGCAGACUUUGCAAGAGAGCCCUCUACAGUUAUUUCCUCCAAACUGCAGAGUUGGGUGGACAUAGCUAUUUACUGGAACUCUCCACGUACCACCGAGUCAAGGUGGAAGCCGUUUCCUACCAGGCAGCCAAAGACCUGGUCAAGCAACAUUUUCAGAACAUCCACGCUGGGCCUUGGAAUUCAAAGAAACUUGUGGAUUGCUUUAGUGCUUAAACACUUUUUGUAUGGGAUAAGAUGGGUUCAAGUUCCUGUUGAGAUUUUUGGUUAAUGUUCUGUUUACUGAUUUCCCGUUUUAACAAUAUUCCAGAUUUUAGUAUUUAUUAUUACAUUGGUAUUGUUUUCAGUUUGUGUAAGUGGAGACAAAUAAACACUUACGGUUAUGCAA